AUGUCCUUAGGCGAUUCUCCACAUGGAAGUGAUGGAAAUCGCUGGAAAAGUCCACUAAGAGCUCCAAUAUCUCUUGCUCUAGAAAUGGAGUCUAAGGGGUUGGAUGGAUUAGUUUGGGCAAUGAUCCUAUGGCCUCCAAGGUGUAUGCGAACUCGAUCGAGUCGAACAACAGAAGACUUGGUCGAGCUAGAUUUCACCACGGAGGGUAAUGGACUCGGUCGAGCUAGGCAACCUCGACCGAUUGGUCUAGGAGAUGCUCCAAACCGCCAUCAACAAAGACAAGGGAUUGUCCCACCACCUGUCAGAACCACAACUUUGAGAUCAAGCUGGGUAUGA